AUGGCCGCACCCGCUCAGAAGUCCAAGGUCGCUGACCUGUCUCUCGCCGCCUUCGGGCGCAGGGAAAUAACCCUUUCAGAGCUUGAGAUGCCGGGCUUGAUGGCUAUCCGCAAGCGUUAUGCUGAGGAUCAGCCUCUCGCCGGCGCCCGCAUCGCUGGCUGCCUUCAUAUGACCAUUCAGACCGCUGUCUUGAUUGAGACCCUCACAGCCCUCGGCGCCGAAGUCACCUGGUCCAGCUGCAACAUCUUCUCUACUCAGGAUCACGCUGCCGCUGCCAUUGCCGCUAGCGGUGUUCCCGUUUUCGCUUGGAAGGGUGAGACCGAAGAAGAGUACAACUGGUGCUUGGAACAGCAGCUCAAGGCAUUCCCCUCAGGCAAGAACCUGAAUCUCAUCCUUGACGACGGUGGUGAUCUGACCGCUCUUGUCCACAACAAGUACCCUGAGAUGCUCAAAGACUGCUAUGGUGUCUCAGAAGAGACCACUACUGGCGUCCACCACCUGUACCGCAUGCUCAAGAGCAAGGGCCUGCUCGUGCCCGCCAUCAAUGUUAACGACUCCGUCACCAAGUCAAAGUUCGAUAAUCACUACGGCUGCAAGGAGUCUCUCAUCGAUGGUAUCAAGCGUGCAACUGAUGUCAUGAUUGCUGGCAAGAUUGCCGUUGUUGCUGGCUUUGGUGAUGUCGGCAAGGGCUGUGCUGCUUCUCUUCAUGCGAUGGGUGCCCGUGUCCUUGUCACUGAGGUGGACCCCAUCAACGCCCUACAGGCUGCUAUGACCGGCUUUGAGGUCACUACUAUGGACGAGGCUGCCUCCCUUGGUCAGAUCUUUGUCACCACCACUGGAUGCCGCGAUAUUCUCGUGGGCAAGCACUUUGAGGCUAUGCGCAACGAUGCCAUCGUCUGCAACAUCGGCCAUUUCGACAUCGAAAUUGACGUUGCUUGGCUCAAGAAGAACGCCAAGAGCGUCCAGAACAUCAAGCCCCAGGUCGACCGCUAUCUCAUGCCAAACGGCCGUAACAUUAUCCUCCUGGCUGAGGGCCGUCUGGUCAACCUUGGCUGUGCCACCGGUCACUCUUCAUUCGUCAUGUCCUGCUCUUUCUCCAACCAGGUCCUGGCUCAGAUCAUGUUGUACAAGGCCGAGGAUGAGGCCUUCGGCAAGAAGUACCCCGAGUUCGGCAAGGUUGGCAAGAAGGACAUUGGCGUCUACGUCCUGCCCAAGAUCCUCGACGAGCAGGUUGCCCUUCUUCACCUCGAGCACGUCAACGUGAAGCUUACCAAGCUCACCGAAGUUCAAGCCGAGUAUCUCGGCUUGGAUGUCAAGGGUCCUUACAAGUCCGACAUCUACCGCUACUAA